UUCGAUUCAUGGUCCAUUGGUGGCUACCCACAAAUCAUCUUGAAUUUUAGGAGAAAAAGUGUGGUGGGGUUAAGCUUAGAUUUUGAGAUUCUGAACUUGACCAAGCACUGGUCAUAUCUGAUAUACAACGCUUCCCUCUUCUUUAGCCCUGCUAUUCAGAAGCAGUAUUUCGAGAAGUAUGGUUAUGGACAGAUGAUACCUGUAGCUGCUAAUGAUGUUGCUUUCUCCACUCAUUCUGUUUUAAUGAAUUUGAUUAUAUUGUCCCAAAUUGCAAUCUAUGAACGUGGAAAUCAAAAGUUCUCCAAAUAUGCCAUUGCAAUAGUUGCUGUCGUGUGGUUCAGUGCUGCUGUUUGUUUUUUCAUAGCAUUACCUAGCCAGUCUUGGCUUUGGCUAAUCUCCAUCUUCAACUCAAUUCAAGUAUGUAUGACAGUCAUCAAAUAUUUCCCCCAGCGUGGAAAUCAAAAGUUCUCCAAAUAUGCCAUUGCAAUAACUGCUGUCGUGUGGUUCAGUGCUGCUGUUUGUUUUUUCAUAGCAUUACCUAGCCAGUCUUGGCUUUGGCUAAUCUCCAUCUUCAAGCAAGUUUCACUCUUAUUAUGACUCAAAUUUUUCAAUCUAUCCAUAAGGUUUUAAAUGUUAAUUAAGCUAUUCGGAUUAUGAUACAGAUUAAUAAAAUGGCUGUGAUUAGUAUAAUUGUACUCUUUCACUUACUAAAGAUCAAGGUUUGUGAUUUGUACAAGCUAUAGUGAAUUAGUUAGACCUUGCCAUCAGAUUUUAUCCUUGAUGUGUGAUAUGAAUUUCAACUUGAUCUAUAUAAUCUAGGUUCCUGGGUGAACUUCUAUGGAAACAUAGGGAAAGUACUCAUAUCCUUGGUAUGUAAUCCUCUGCUACUCCAUAUUCUCAAUUCUUU